AUGUUCAGAAAAUACCUGUUUAAUAAAUACGAAAAACCUGAGAAGUACAUAGAGAAUGCUCAGUGUUAUUUGAACAAACUCGGAUACAAUUAUACAGGGAUGCAGUUUUUUCCAAUCAAUCGAAAUGCUCCAAUUGUAAGAAGCAACUAUAUUAUCCAUAGUUUAUCAUCAUUAAUUUAUGAUUAUGCUGAUGCAUAUCAUAGACAUCAACAUAAAUUACCAUAUAUUUUAGAGAAAAUUCAUUGGAAAGGUAUAGUUAUUCCAUUUAAAAGAGGCUUUUAUAAAAGUGAAAUAAACACUCUUCUGGAUCAUUAUUCACGUUUUUUGCGUGGUUCAACUGACAUUCUCACUAAGAAGAAUCUACAUUCAAUUUUACCAAAUAUAUCUUCUGAUUCUUGUACUAUAACAAAAGGGAAACAGCCUAUUCCCUAUAAUAAAGCAAUACGUUUAAGUUCGGUUAGCGAUAAAACAGGUCAAAUGACAUCAUCUUCCGUCGACUCAAACAAAUGGAUAUGCGUUACAAACCUACCAGUAAAUAAUUCAUUGUCUGAAAAAAGUCAGAUGAUAACAAACUCUUAUCAAAUAAGGAUUUGA